AUGCAACAUCAAUGCAACUCAGAAGCAAAAUUCUGUUUUUCAAGAAGGUCGCUUGUUCUUUUGAUGGCCAGACAGCAAAUAUCCUUGACAAAAACCACGUGCGGCCACCAAUGCUGCAAAUAUGGGGUUGCUGUAAAAGAGGUAAGAAGUGAAAAGAAAUUGGACCAGGCUUCUGAUGAACAGACACCGAAGAGGCAAAAAUCAGACCAAACGAAUCCGAAAACACCAGCAAAGCGAAAAGGCAAUGCUAUGGAUGGGUUCUUAGAAAAGCUGUCAAGCAAAAAAUCUACCUUGCCGGACACUCCCGGAGCCAAACGCAUCAAGUAUCCUGGUACCAUGCAUCAUUCCUCAGAAAUAGACGAUGACUCCACAGACGAUCUGUUGAGAUCUGUACCAUCUUCUAACCUUGAGAUGAAAUUCAGUUACCAACCAAGGAAAGUCAGUUUCAAGGGACUACUCAAAAAACUAAACGACGGCAACUCUACUGCUAGCAGUUCAUCACCGCCUUCACCAACAAAGCAAGGCAACAUGAGAACCCCAUCCGGCAUUGUGGAUGACUUCCAACAUCUAAGAUCUGGCAGCAGACAUUCUAGUUCCUUUGGAAGUGGAAACAAAACAUCUUCCAUAUCACACUACGACGUCUUUGGCGAUGGCCAAUUCAAUGAUAUAGAUGAUGAAAUACAAUGCGACUUCAGCUUGCUUCCUGACGACAUUCUGAAUGACAAUAGGGUUACCUUCCUUCACAAGGGAACCGAAAGUCUUCCUAUCAGAAAUAAGGCCAACAAUGAGCGGAAAUCAGAAAAAAACAGUAUCUAUUAUGAAGAUGAUGGAUGUUUUCAGUUUGAUGACGAUGAAUUAAAAUACGAGUUAGAGAGGAACAUCGAAAAUGAGUGGGACAUUUGGAGCAAAAGCAACACGACGAAAGAGAUUAAGGCUGAAAGAUUCUUCCAAGCAGGUGCCACAAACAUGGGCAAUAAAUUCGAUAUGACACGGCAUGGUCCAGAGUUCUCAAAUGGACCAAAAAGUGGGACAUUUGUGAAAAUAAAUCAUAGGAAAAAUGUGGGGGAAACUAGGAAUCAGUCUGCCGGAGAGAAAACAGAUGCACUGAAAUUAACCACAAGAGGCAGAUCUUUCACGAGAAGCGACAAUGAUAUUGUGCUUAGUAGAAAACCUUAUUUAAGUAGCGUAAAUGGGUCGGAUCAGAAUGAUAGCAAAAGGCCCAAGCAGCCUAUUAAGGGACAGUUCGAUAAAUACACAAAAGGAUCUUGGGAUGCAGAUGUUGUGGUUGUAGAAUGGGCCAAUGAGAACCACUCAAGAGAACAACAAAGCAUUGCAAAGGGAAAAAAGGCAGCAUCUGAUGAGAUAGGGACUGGAAUGUUUGUACGACAGCCUGAUUAUUAUGAUAUAGAAGAUGUAGAUAUAAGCGAUAGCCCCUUCUGUAACUUGACGUAUGAUAGCAACCCAGUUUCUAGAAGAGACUAUGAACCAGAAAAGAAAAAGCAUGAAGCAACCGAAAGACAACCAUUCAAAGUACUAUCAAGAAAUGCCCAGUACCAAAGCAUGAAUGGGAACAUGGGAAAUGAUCAAGGGCUGUUUUCUCCUGUCUACAAAAGAGAUAUAAAUUGCGACACAGAAGUGCUAACAAUUUCUUCAGCAGAGAGCGAGACUGGAAAUGGGGUACAAGAGCGGAAAACAGGCCACUUUGGUUUAUCGAUUAAUGGUAACAUAGAUUCAGAUGAAUCUACCAGCAAGGCGGCUGAGCUAGAAAGGUGUAGGUCGCUGCCUGGGGACUGGUUCGUGGACGAAAGCAAAUGCAACGAAGAGGAAAAUGAGUUCGACUUUUGCGAAAUAUGACAAGAUUGGAAAUUAUGUUCAAAUCAGGUUGUAGUUGAAGACUGAAUAAUUUACAGUUAUCACUAGAGAAGCACUAUGGAAAUACAGUAAAUGCCCAUUACAUACAACACUGUGCCUCAAGCUACUUCUUGCAUAUCACAGAACAUACAAGAAAAAUGAUGUUGAAUAUGUUAAGACCAUAUUAUGUGUUUCAUACUUUACUUUAAGUUAGAGUAAAAAUCGUGAUGGUGAAAAUGAUAAUUGUUCUAUUAAUUUUCACAGUUUAGCUGUACAUUAACCCUAUUUUCUUUCAGUUUAUACUGUUAUGCUGUUACACAUGCAAAAACGAAUCUUGUUUUUAGUACCACACCAGCAAUGGGUAUUUUGUUAUGAGUUACUAAUAACUUAACCAACUCAUCAUAUCAGGUCUACAGAAAAAAUAUUCUCUUCUGACUUUAAAAGGCAUUUCACCAAAAUAUUCGCUCACAGAUUUCUCAAUUCAAUUUACAAACAAAUUUAAAGAAAUCAUUUUUUGCAAAAGUUAAAAAUAUUAUUCAUAGAGUCAUGGGUUCGCAACACGACCUCUUAAAAGCCACUCGCUCCACUUUUCUUUUUUAAAAUAAACACUUAUUAUUGAUAUAAAAAAUUAUGGAAAAAAUUGAUAUAAGUCAAGGAAUCUUACUUGCUA